AUGGAAGAUAUAGGCGGAGAGUAUUUUCGUGAGCUAAUAUCUAGGUCAUUAUUUCAAAAGUCAAGUAAAAACAGUUCACAAUAUGUAAUGCAUGACCUUGUUAGUGAAUUGGCACGGUGGGCUGCAGGAGAAACAUGUUUUAGAUUGGAUGAUAGCAUGCAACGCAGAUGUACUCCAAAGGUUCGUCAUAUGUCAUACAUCUCUGGUGAGUUUGAUGGAGUUAAAAAAUUUAAGGCCUUUUCUGAGGUCACUCGUCUGCGAACUUUCCUACCACUUCAACUUUCAGAUGCUCGGAGGAAUAGCCUGACUAGCAAGGUUAAUCAUGAUUUAUUGCCAAAAUUGCAAUACUUGAGAGUGCUCUCUUUGAAUGGCUAUACAAUAACUGAGCUCCCAAAUUCAAUUGGUGAUUUGAAGUUUCUUCGAUACCUUGAUCUUUCUCACACACUAAUAGUGAGUUUGCCUGAAUCAGUAAGCACUCUUUACAACCUACAGACGUUGAUACUAGAAAAUUGUUCUCGUUUGAAGGCGCUACCUACAAACAUGAGUAAUCUAAUUAAUCUGCGGCAUCUCAACAUUUCUGAUGUACCCUUGUUAGAAGGAAUGCCACCGCAAUUUGGUCAAUUGGCUAAUCUGCAAACCCUGACUAAUUUUGUUGUGGGAAAAUGUCAUGAGUCAAAAAUCAGAGAGAUAGGGCCGCUUCGGCAUCUCAAAUCGACGUUGCACCUCUCAGGAUUGGAGAAUGUGAUUGAUGCUGAGGAUGCAAGAAGGGCUGACUUAAUUAGCAAGGAGGGGCUUGAUGUUUUGGUACUUAAAUGGAAAGACAUGCGAGAACCGAAAUCAGAUGUGCUUGACAUGUUACAACCUUCUAGAAAGCUGAAACAACUUACGAUCAUUGGUUAUGGCGGUUUAGAAUUUGCAACAUGGCUGGGAGAUCCUUUAUUCUCCAAUAUGGUGCUCAUUCGGUUAUACAAUUGUAAUAAUUGUCGGUUCUUGCCACCACUGGGGAAAUUGCCUUGUCUCAAAGAGCUUCAUAUAAUAGGAAUGCCCCGAGUGGAAAGCGUGGGUCUUGAGUUUUAUGGAGAGGGAUGCUUGCCUUUUCCCCUGUUACAAACCCUUUUGUUUCAAGACAUGCAACAUUGGAAGGAGUGGUCUCCUUGCGAAUCAUAUCAAGGAAUUGGAGUUUUCCCUUGCAUGACAAAGCUGACUAUUAAACGAUGCCCAGUGUUGGAGGGUAGGCUACCCGAGGACCUUGAUUCAUUAGAAAAGCUUGAAAUUGAUGAGUGUGAAAAUUUGAUGGUUUCAAUUGCCAACUACAAACAACUUCGUAAUAUAGACAUCCACGGUUGCAAAGGGAUGGUGCAUGCAAGUGCAGUUGAAUUUCGGUCACUAGAGUCCAUGCAUCUUUCAGAUAUUUUGAAGUUGACAUUCCGACCAGAGAGAUUCAUGAGAGGAUUAUCAAUGGUUAAAGAUUUAAAGAUCACCGGUUGUGAGGAGCUGACGUCUUCAUGGAAGAAUGAGGAUGGAUUACUGCAACACCUAGUUUCUCUUCGUCGUUUGGUCAUUAAAGGCAACUCCAAUCUUGUUCAAUUGCAUCAAUUGACAUCACUUCAAGAACUUCACAUAGAUGAAUGCUCAAAUCUGGUUUCUUUUACAGAGGCUAGUUUGCCACAUUCUCUUAAAGUUCUAGCAAUUGAGUCGUGUCCUUCUUUGAUGUAUCUUGCCAGAGACCAGAUACCCCCAAGUCUAAGAAGAAUAAUUAUACGAAGAUGCCAAAAUUUGAAAUCUUUAGUGGAGGUUGGAAUGGAGGGUUCUUUGUCUUCUUUUCCUUCUCUGAUGCAAGAGGAGACAUCUUGUCUUGAGUACUUGAGCAUUGAUAUCUGUCCAUCUCUGACGUCCUUAUCAUCCAGAGGCCAUCUACCCAAGACGCUUAAACACCUUCUCAUAGAUACUUGUAAACAGCUGGAGUCAAUAACAGAGAGGUUCGAGGAAAACACAUGUCUUGAAUAUCUUUGCAUCUAUUUGUGUCAAAAUCUUAAAUUCUUACCAGAAGGCCUAUGUAACCUCUCCAAAAUUCAGUCGUUAUUGAUUUAUGGCUGUGGAAAUCUCGUUUCUUUCCCAAUCGAAGGGUUGCCAAGAAGCGCCUCCAACCUGACAGAGAUCAGCAUUAUCAAUUGUGAUAAACUGGAGGCUCUACCUGAAGGCAUUAACUUCCUCAACUCUCUUCAGAUAUUGAGGAUUCCUCACUUUCCAGAAGGGGGAUUCCCUCCCUAUCUAGCAUCACUUAGCAUAAUGAAUCUCAAGAUCUGUAAGCCACUGUUAGAGUGGGGUUUGCACAGACUCACAUCUCUUAGAGUGUUAUGUAUCAGUGGUGAAGAUCCAGAUUUGGUGUCCUUUCCACCGGAGAAGGAGAUGCUGCUCCCUGAAUCUCUUGUUCAACUUGACAUUAUAGGCUUCCCCAAUCUCAAUUACCUAGGCUUUCAGCUCCUCACCUCUCUUGAAUCUCUUAAAAUCUGGAGCUGUCCAAAGCUAACAUCCAUUCCAGAGGAAUGUCUGUCUCUUUCGCUUACACAGCUUAGUAUCCGUGAGUGUCCCGUUCUAGAAGAGAAAUGCAAACCAGGUAAAGGGCAGUACUGGCCCUCCAUAAGCCACAUCCCUUACAUAUGGAUUGGAGGCCGGAAGAUAACAACACCCUGA